UGUAGAACAGCUGCGAACCUGCCGAAACAUUAUACACAGCAAAUUCUGCGCCGCAUACUCUGCCUGGAAACCGUACAACAUGUCAAUUGCUGGCCAAAUCCAUCCACCAGUAACCUUGUGGUAUACAUACACUUCCAUAUAACUCGCUCUUGAUACUCCAAAGAUGGCCAAAAAGAACAAGUCGCAAGCUGCAGACAGUGCCGAGACCUCUGGGACUGGAACACCGCCGGUCGCAUCUUCCGCACCGUCACCCAAACCCUUUGAGCACUCGACCUACUCGUUGAACAUUUGUCGCAAUAAGCACUGGCGCUACAUCUCCUCUUUUCAUGGCCCCUGGCUGCAAUUGCCUCCUGAAGUUCUCGAAAGCCUUGCUCAUAGCAAUUACUUCUCUCCACGGCCUCAUUCGAUCGAUCCGGCCGUCUUGUUCGACCUCGUGAAGGUUCGGCGGCGAGUUGAAGAGGCAACGACUCUGGCCGUCAGGGCGGCCAGCGGGCUUACAUCUGCUGCACUGAACAACUCGUUGAACUCCAGUCAUGGGUUUCUGGGUGAUGCCGCAGCUCUAGGGCUAGGAUAUGGGAGCGGCGGUCAUGGAAAGAUGAGUAGGGAGGCUAAACACAGGAUGCGAAUAAGCGCUACACAAAAGCUUUCGGAGGCAUAUCGAUUGGAUGAGAUAGCAGCGAGUGUUGCGACCAUGCAAGGGACUGCGACGCUGGAAGAUGUUGCGCUGCAUGUCUUGAAGCGUCAGCCGGCAGACAUUGACGCCAAAUACGUUCACUUCUUCCACGAAAAGAUCCCCUCUCGGAUGAUGGCCGAGUGUACAACGCUAGAUCCCUUGAAUGAAGUCAUAUCAGACCGACCAUCAGAAGGAGCAGCUCUCAGAACCCGUGCCCUAACGCGCGUUUUCAAGGAAGACUUUUAUGGUGCAGCGAGCGACCUCACUGAAGGCAUUGCCAUUGCGAGAUACUGGGCUGCCCAGCAUCAAAAAGGGCAAGACCAGCUAGUAUUAUUGAAACAGGCAAAAGAACAAUGGGGAAGUGACUGGAGACGUGAUGCCAAGGUGGAAGAGAAGGACCAGCCGGGCUCAUUGGAGAGUCAGAUGUUGUUCCAUCGCGCCGGCGUAUACUUCACCAUCGCAUGCUCAUAUGUUCCUAACGCUCUGGAAGGCUUGAAGCAGUACGAAGCAGCCAAGAAUCGAAAAGAUGUUUUGCCUGUCGAUAAUGGGCUCCAUCCCAGUCCACCCAGCGAUGCCGAUGAGGAAGGGCACAGGCGGCGGAUUGAGGCUCGAAAGAACCUUAGAGCGUAUGCAAAGCGUGCACUAAGAGACUACAAUGCCUUUUUGUCGCGUCUGGAGUAUACGCCAGGACUUUCGAGGGAGGACCAGAAUGAACUCAUGAUGCGCUUCAGUCAAGGCUCUGGCGCUGCCGGACCGAAAGGGAACUCGCACUUUGACGAUAAGAUUCAUGAUGCUUCGUCUGCAACGAGUAACACGAACAGUAAUCUUUCGGACUCUCUUGUGCCAAAGAAGUCACCAUAUCAGCAGGGACAUGCCAGAUGGUCUCGUAUACCAGCGCCUAAAGUUUUCAAAGUGUCAGAGCUGUUUUCACCGUCUCUCCCAGCAGGGCUGCCCCCUUUCCCCGCUGAUUCAACCUCGCUUGAAACCUUUGAGUCUCGAGGCACCACGACAGCUACCUCUAUUCUUGCUGAAUCGGCUGAAUGUGUCACCUAUCACCCUCUGCUGACUGAUGCGAUGCAUUCUCUCCUCCUUUGCCAUACCCUCCUACAGACACCGCCAAAAGAGCUUCUCCGACAUUCUCACAACGUAGCUCGUAUAGCCCGAGUUUGCGACGGCUAUCCAAUAUUCCUGCCCGCCCGCUCCCCAGCCCGGGCAGAUUGGAUUGAGGUGCUACGACGGACGAACAAUUGGAUAGGCAUCACGCAAAGUUGGGAGACUUUGUGUAAACCCACUCCCCUCCCUGGACAUGGCCCAACUAAAUCAAAGGACGUAGUCGCUAUGAACGGAGCCAAACAUAAAGCGACGAAGGUCGAGACUCCUGAACAGAGGCGCGAGCGCCAGAAGCAUGAGGCCGUCAUGGAAGCCUUGGCCGAUGAGCGAGUAGUAGACGAGGACAGUUUCCAACGCGCAACCGCUGCGUCCAGCGCUACGUCUCCGUCACCGUCAGUAGGACCAGCACCAAAGCGCUGGGCUCAAGAUGACGGCAAAGAGUAUCCGAUCACCACCGAGCGCGCAGACGCCAUCUCUCGAUGGGUCCGAGAGGCACCCCUGACCGUGGAAGGCGGUGCAAAAAGCAAGAAGAGCAAGAAGAGCAAGGGCAAAGGCAAGAAGGUCGAGCCUACUCUCGCGGACAGCGUUGCAACUUUGGGUCUUGACGACGAGCUCCACGAGGAUGAAGAAGUAGACUGA